AUGGCGGAGAAGGUUAGAUGGCGGAGAAAGGUUAGAUGGGACAAGACAGGGAAGGUUGGAUGGGACAGGGCAGAGGCAGGGGGAAGGUUGGAUGGGAGAAGUGGAGAAGGUUGGAUGGGGACAGAGUCGGGGAAGGUUGUAUGGGACAAGAGAGAGAAGGUUGGAUGUUACAGGGCGGGAAAGGUUGGAUGGUACAGAGCUGGGAAUGAUGGAUGGCACAAGGCAGGGAAGGGUGGAUGGGACAGGGUGGGGAAGGCGAGGAAGGAUGGAUGGGACAAAGAGGGGGAAGGUUGGAUGGGACAGGGCGGAAGUUUGGAAGUUGGACAGAGAGAGGAAGGUUGGAUGGGACAAGAGCAGGGGAAGGUUGGAUGGGAGAAUGGAUGGGAAAGUUGGAUGGGAACAAGACAGGGGAAGGUUAGAUGGGACAAGGUGGGGAAGGUUGGAUGGGAGAAUGCAGGGGAAGGUUAG